AUGGCCGAAUUCGUCCGCGCCCAGAUCUUUGGGACUACCUUCGAGAUCACCUCGAGGUACUCCGACCUCCAGCCGGUUGGCAUGGGCGCUUUCGGGCUGGUUUGCUCGGCGAAGGACCAGCUUACCAACCAGAAUGUCGCGAUCAAGAAGAUCAUGAAGCCUUUUAGCACUCCGGUGCUCGCCAAGAGGACAUACCGCGAACUCAAGCUGCUCAAGCAUCUCAAGCACGAGAACGUCAUUUCUCUCAGUGAUAUCUUCAUCUCACCCCUCGAGGAUAUCUACUUUGUCACCGAGCUGCUGGGUACAGAUUUGCAUAGGUUACUCACCUCAAGGCCCCUGGAGAAGCAGUUCAUUCAGUACUUCCUUUACCAGAUCAUGCGCGGUCUGAAAUACGUACACUCGGCUGGCGUGGUCCAUCGCGACCUCAAGCCUAGCAACAUCUUGGUCAAUGAGAACUGCGACUUGAAGAUCUGCGACUUUGGCCUGGCGCGUAUCCAGGAUCCCCAAAUGACGGGCUAUGUCUCCACGCGAUACUACCGGGCGCCCGAGAUUAUGCUCACCUGGCAGAAGUACGACGUCGAGGUUGACAUCUGGAGCGCCGGCUGCAUCUUUGCCGAGAUGCUUGAGGGUAAGCCGCUCUUCCCCGGCAAGGACCACGUCAACCAGUUCUCGAUCAUCACGGAGCUCCUGGGGACGCCGCCGGACGAUGUGAUCAACACCAUUGCUAGCGAGAAUACGCUGCGCUUCGUCAAGUCGCUCCCCAGGCGUGAGAGGCAACCGCUUAAAAACAAGUUCAAGAACGCCGAUCCGCCGGCCAUCGACCUUCUGGAGCGCAUGCUCGUCUUCGACCCCAAAAAGCGAAUAACAGCAGCCGAGGCGCUGGCCCACGAGUACCUGGCCCCCUACCACGACCCGACUGACGAGCCGGUCGCCGAGGAGAAAUUUGACUGGAGCUUCAACGACGCCGACCUGCCAGUUGACACAUGGAAGAUCAUGAUGUACUCGGAGAUUUUGGACUACCAUAACGUGGAGGCCGCCAGCGUCGCGGCACAGGAUCCGCAGUUCCUCGCGCAAUAA